UUCGCGUUUGGUAUUGGCUUGAGCGCAGUUGACGUUGAGUGUUCGAACCGGUAUCAUAUUCGCUUGAUAAUUAUUUUAUUUACUUUUGUAACGAGCACACGCGCUGAGCUUGCCGCUUUGUUUGUGUUGUUAUUUCAAACGCGGUGGACGCGCGCGUGUUCCAAUUUUGAAUUGAAAUUCCUUUUUUUCUUUUUAAUAGUUUUAAACUUAGAAUCAACAUUAAAUGUUUUUAAUUAGUUUAUGGUGAUAGUCGAUUUAUGUGUGUUUAUUAAAAUCGACUAAAGUUUUGUGUUGUGUUGUGGUUUGUUUAAAGUGAUAUGUAUUGUGUCAGUUUGUGAAUUAAUUCGUGGAGAGUAGAGACCACUCACUCGUUUUUGGCACCAUAUUUUGGCAGAGAAAUAACGGUCACACAGAAUUACAGUGAAUUAUCCAAGAAUGUUGCGCCUUCCCCAAAGCGACGGUGACCGUCGCUCACCGUAAGAUGCGUUCGCUGCUAGCGUACUACGCGGAUGCAGUGAUGUCGGCGGCGGCUCGGGGCGCGGGCUGCGCGCUGGAGUGCAGCGGGCGCGGCGACUGCAUGAACGGCACCUGUCUCUGCGAGAUACGGUACUCCGGGGACGAAUGUGCUGGACCUAACAUGCCUUACCAUGCCUGCAUUGGUGGCGUGUUCCUCCUGGUGGCAUUUGUAUGUGCGGUGCAGCUGACGAUAUGCGUGGUGACGGAGUACCGCCGCCUGAAGGCCCCCACCUUCCUCCGAGCCUGUAAGGUCACCACGCAGAAGAUGCUGUACCUCGUCGCCUUCCUGGCUUCUCUGAUACGAGGCGCCUACUUCGUGUCACCGUAUUUCCAGUCGGCGUUCCAAGAGGGGUGGGCUACGAGCCUGCUCUCCGCUUACUACCCACUCCUGUUGUCGGGAUCAUCGCUCAUCGUCUGCUUUUGGGCAGAGGUAUUCCACCUUCGCGACAUCCGCUGGGAGAGGCCCAGGUUUCUGUCGAAGUCGUUCCUCGCAUUCGUGACCUUCAACUUCAUCAGCUACUCGCUGCUGGCAGCUGAGGUGCUCACCACGAAUGUCGCUGGCACGUCUCCGAAGGAAAAGAGUUUCUACCAGCACGUGUUCAACGGUUGCUACGCCGUGCUGCUGUUCAUCGUGGUGACUUUCUUCCUUAUCUACGGCGUGGAGGUUUAUUUCAAGCUCCGCGGCGAGUUUCUGAAGGAGACCAAAGUAUGCACGAUCAUAUCGCCCCGGCCGGGGCCGUCGAGCGCAGACGAUGGCGAUGACGUACAAGACACGCUCGUCACCAAACAGGUACGAAUCGGCAUACAGACAGACCUGGCCGCGGACGGCUCGGUAGACCCUCGCUCCGUGGACGUGUCGCAGCUGCAUCAGUCCCGCUUCGGCCUCAUCAGCCAGGCCCUGAUGCUCAUCCUCAUCGCUGGCUUCCUAGCUUCCGAGACACUCAGCGAGUUCUGGAAAACCAAAGUACCAGUGGUAUCCCGUAACUGGCAUGACCUGGUGUUCCGUCUAGCGGAGAUCGGUGUAGCGCUAUGGUUCCCGUGUGUACUGUGGAACUCCAUGGCUCCGGAGCGCCUGUGGUUGCUCAACCCGCGUCGCCUAUUGGCUCGCCAACUCGACGACGCGCGCCUAGCCGACCUACUCGCCCAACAUCAUGACGCCAAGAAUUUGGUGGAAAGUCACCGUUUGUCUUGGACGGAGAGGGCUCAGUUGGUCGUGAGGGUGGUCUCGUUAUGCCGGUGUAUUGUAGCCAGGACUAUACUGAGUGUGUUGAAACCACAGUUAGCUAUUAAGAACAGUGCUGAAGAUCCAGGUGAUACUGUACUGGACUUGCCUGAUAGACUCGGUGCUAAACGGCAGAAUGUGGAGACAGACUCGCUGGUGGGCAGCGUGGGGUCGGCGCGCGACUGCUGGAUCUGCUACGACAGCUCGCGCUCCGAGCCGCUCAUCCGGCCGUGCCGCUGCACCGGCGACGUCUCCGCCGUGCACCACGACUGUCUCAGCCGGUGGCUGGUUGAGAGCGCGGCCAGCCCUGACGGCCUGAAGUGCAAGGUGUGCAACACGCCCUACAUCGUGCAGGAGACGAACAGAGUGGUAUGGGAGCGCGGGUUCACGGUGGCGCACUGGGCGCGCACGGCGCUGGCGGUGGCGUGCAUGUGCGCGGCGGGCGCGGCCGCCUGGGUCUGCGUGCAGCUGGCCGCCUCGCCCGUCGCGCGCGUGCUCGCCGCCGGCGCCGCGCUGCUCGUCUGCUACGUCGCCAUCAGAUUCCUCGGCAUGAACACAGUGAGCGCGUACCAGCGCGCCAAAGUCUCAUCCCUGCGCAUCUUGACCGAGCCUUUGACGGAGAUCACGGGUCAGAACGACCAGGGACAACUAUCCACCAUCAGCAACACGGUCACUGUGGAGAUAGCAUCCAAAGUCGUCCUCGAACGGGCGCUUAAGGGCGAAGUGAACAAAUAACUUUAAAUAAACUCAUUAAAUAACGGCCAAUAACUGUUUGAAAAACGGUGAUAUGUCAGUACAAACGCAGUGAAGUGAUGUGAUACAGUGGUAAUGAACUCGAUAUGUAUUUCUUCGAGACUUAAGAACUAUUCCCAAGUAUUUUCCAGGCAAAAAAACUGUUAAAUUGACACAAAUUUUAUGUAAAUUUGAACUUUAAUAAGACUUUGGAUGAAAAACAUGUGAAAAAUUACCAUAGAAGUGUGGUUUCUUAAACGUAGUCGAUUAAUCGACUAACUCGCGAGUAUACGGACUAAUCGACUAAAUACUUGUUUGUAUAAAGUAUAUUAAAAUAUUUUUUAAUUCUUCUCCUUUAUUUUUUCGGAGUAAGAGCUUAUUCCACGCGUUAGUAUUGCCUUAAUUAUUUCAUUAUUGUAUGUAAUUAAGAUACCUAAAAAUUUCACGUAAACAUUUUAUUGUUAUUCUCUUUAUGCCAAAUGCUUUUUUAUUGUAAAUUCUAAAUUAAAUGUAUGGAAAAUGAGACGAGAAGACAUAGUUUGAAUGUAAUAAUUAAAAUAUUUAUAAUUUGAAGCACGACACUUAAUUUCUUUUUAACAAAAUGGCUGCUAUGGUUUUGGCGCGUAAUUUGACGUUUAUUAUUUUUUUGUCAAACGUCAGUUGGUAGGCCAUAGAGUUUGGCACGUACUGUAAAAACUUUUUUGAUUUCGUAAGUAGUCUUUUUGUUUGAUUACUUGUAUAUUUAUUUAUUAAGAUCUCAUGGAGUCGUGCUAUCAUAGUUUCUUUUAAAAGUCAUUUCCAUUUUCUGUUAUUAUUAUUUUUUUGUUAAGAUGAUAUACGUACUAUUGAAAUGGCGGUGUAUUUUGUGAAUAGUUGUUCGCAAAUAUUAGUUUUAUUUAUCAGUGAUAUAUUUUUUUAUGAUUAUGAUUGUGUACGUAUUUAAUACUGGCGGUAUUUUAAGAAGGGGACAAAUGAGUUUUUUUCACCUGCGCCUAACCUUUCUGUACUAAAUACAUUAAAAAAGACUGAAUGUGACUAAUUUUAUCUAUCACAAGAAAUAUUAGAAUGUUACGUUUCUACAGGACUGGAAGCUUAACCCUUAGUACGAGUUUACUUUACGUUAAACGAGAUCGAAACGAGAGCUCGUUCGGCGCUCUGAUUGGCCAGCACGAAUGAAUUAAUCAAUCAGAGCGCCAGAGGCUUUUACUUUCAAUCUCGUUAGACGUAAAACAAACUCGUACUAACCCAUCAGUUAAUAUAUUUUCAGCUUUAUUACAAAAAGAUAGUAUUUGAAAUGUAUUAAACAAAUUCACCAAUUUUUUUUCAUUAUAUCUUGCUCGUUUUUUUAUUUAAUCUCUAAAUACGUACACAAACAUAAUUUCAGAGAACUAUUCACAAAAUAUAUCUUUUUAUUUAAAUUGUAAUGAAAGUGAAGUAAAAUUUGUUUGUAGAAAGACUAGGAAGUAUUGAAGAGGCUAUGGCGGGGCUCGUUCCUAACCGCUGCCAGUUGUGAUAUUAAUUCAGCGGUUUUUGAUUUAUACAGAAAUCCUUAUACAUACAAGAUAAAUAAAUAAAUAUUAUACAUUACCUUA